CCUCUUUUCUCACCCAGCAGCCGCCAAAACCAGUGAGGCACUCAUCAGAUCAGACACAGCAAGUGAAACCUCGUCGUACGCAGUCGACAAUCGCAAUGAAGAGAAUCGAAACCUACGAGGACUUCGUCAAAGUUCACGGUCUGCUUCUGUUUGGUUGUGUAGUUAAUGGAAGUUCCUGGGUUGGCUGAGAGGAUGGCGGCGAUAAUGUGUGUGGAUGCUGAUUUGAAUUCUGAUUCAGAAGAGGACCGUUUGAGUGAGGGCAAUGCAAAACGUUGCGUUUCGGAGGUACUGGAAAAUGAGAUUACUGAAGCCAACGGGAACGUGAGGUGGUUGGAGCUUGAGGACCUUGACAUCGAUGAUGAAACGCUGUCGUCCUUAGACUUGUCUACUAAGUGCCCAGGUUUGUUUGCAUUAUCCUUGUGUGGAAAUAAGCUUGAGAAUGUGGAAGUAGUUGUUCAAGAAGUUACCAAGUUCAAAAAUCUAAGAGCUCUAUGGCUGAACAAUAACCCAGUUGUACAAAAUUGGUAAAGCAUGCUUAUUAAUAUUCAGAAAGGUGUUAAUGUCUGCUUUAA